AUGAUGCUGAACAAGACCGACACUUACGCAGAGAAUCAGUUUCUCUGCUAUCCAUCUCAACUGGACUCAUGUUUCAGAGCACAUCGCCUCACUGUCAUUAAAGUGGGCAUGUACGCUUUCAUGCUGUUCGUUAUUCUCAUGACAGUUUUUGGGAACCUGCUGGUCGUCAUCUCCAUUUCGUACUUCAAGCAUCUGCAGUCUCCAACUCAUUCGAUUGUUCAGUCUCUGGCUGCUUGUGACUGUUUAUUGGGCUCUUUAGUCAUGCCCUACAGCAUGGUGCGAUCUGUUGAAGGCUGCUGGUAUUUAGGAGAUGUCGUUUGUAAAGUACAUUCUAGUUUAGACAUGGCAUUCUGCAUCUGCUCUAAAAUACACCUUUGUUUAAUAUCGAUGGAUAGGUACUGGGCUAUCUGUGAUCCUUUAAGGUACAAAAUGAAGGUCACAAACUUUAGUGUGACUGUAUUUAUGACCUCCACCUGGUUGUUUUCCUUUGUGUACAGCUUUUCUAUUGUGUUGUCCGGGGUAAAUGUAGCUGGUCUAGAGAGGCUGAUGUUACAGAUUUCCUGUGUGGGGAGUUGUGUUCUGUUGUUUAACAAGCAGUGGGGUCUUAUCUGUUCUUUACUCACAUUCUUUAUUCCUGUGACCAUCAUGAUCUCUCUAUACAUAAAGAUAUUCCAUGUCGCACAAAAACAUGCCAAAGUCCUCUCAGAAAAAGUGGCUUUGCAGGAAAUGCAAAGUCAAAGCUCUGCACAGAAAGAAAGAAAAGCGGCUAAAACGGUAGCCAUUGUUGUAGGGGUUUUUUUGCUCUGCUGGCUGCCUUUUUUUAUAGCUACUGCUUUGGACCCUUUCCUUAAUUUUUCCACUCCAGCUGAUGUUUUUGAUGCUUUGGUUUGGUUUGGGUAUUUUAACUCUACCUGUAACCCCUUAAUAUAUGGAUUUUUCUACCCUCGUUUUCAGAAGGCCUUUAAGAUUCUCAUUUCCACUUAUAUAUGUAGCUUUAAUGACUCAAGCACCUUGACAUUUGAAUGA